ACAUUUAUAUUUUGCAAAUUUGGAAACCCAAAUAAUCUCCGAUCCCCCUUUUUCAACCGAAGAGAGGAGGAACGCAUGUCGAUGGUUUCAGGGAUCCAAGGCCACCUUCUCGAGGUCACAAUUGUUGGGUGCAGCAAGCUGAAGGAUACAGAGUGGAUAUCGAGGCAGGAUCCGUACGUCUGCAUCGAGUACGCCACCACCAAAUUCCGCACCCGCACCUGCACCGAUGGAGGAAAGCACCCAUUGUUUCAGGAGAAGGUCAACGUACCUCUAAUUGAAGGGCUCCGUGAGAUCGUCGUCACCGUUUGGAACAGCAACAGCAUCACCUUCGAUGAUUUCAUCGGCAGCGGCAGAGUUCAGCUACAGAAGGUUCUAUCUCAGGGCUAUGACGACUCAUCCUGGCCUCUGCAGUCUAAGUCAGGAAGGUUCUCUGGUGAAGUGAAACUCAUUAUGCACUAUCCAAAUGCACAUAAAGCUCAUCAUCCAGCAGCUAACUAUACUUCUCCAGCUCCAAUGUACAUGAGUGCACCCUCAGCUGCCUAUAAUUCUGCUCCUUUAGGCUACCCACCGAUGAAAUCAGUAGCAGCUCCUCCUCCUGUACCUUCUUACCCUUCUGCAGUCGAAGCUUACCCUCCAACAUCGGGUUACCCCGCUCCAGAUCAUGCUCCUUAUCCAUCAACAUCAACCUAUCCUUACCCUCCCAGUUCUGCUCCUUAUCCAGCAACAUCGACAUAUCUUUCUCCUAUGAUGGGCCACCCUCCAAAUUCUUCUCCUUAUGCUCCUCCUAUGAUGGGUCAUCCACCAUCAUCAUAUCCUCCAACGUCAUAUCCCCCUCAGACCUACCCUCCUCCUCCGAACUCUCAGGCUUAUCCUGCUCCAGGACCUUACCUAGGGAUCUAUCCUCCUCCGCCAUACUGAAGGGCUAGUUGUGUUUCUCAAGCGACUCUGCGAUGGAGUAGAGAACAGCAUGUUUUUGUGUACAGUGUUACUUCCGAUUUUUCAGUUUUAGCAUUCUGUACUUGUUAUGAGGCUCUACUUAUGCAAUGUGUUUGUUACAUUGUUGUUUUCUUGGUCAUGUUUGGGCAAAGAUAUUUUUCUGCUUUUGGAUUUCCAGCCAAGAAAAGGGAAAAGUGCGUCCAAUGGUUCUUGAAAAUGCAUUCUGUGCCCCGGUGUAUCUUUCUGCCUU